UUGGCUACAGAACGUUAUAGAAGGUUGCUGUUGUUAGGCGGUGUGGACAGAAACGGCUCGUUGUUUUGGGGGCGCGCUUCAGCACUACCUAAUUUACUUUUCCCUCUGGGUUCAGUAGACUUAUUAAAGGGGUUGCAAAUUUCUGACUGUAAAAUGAGCGACAACGAGAAGGAUUUUAGGGAGCAGGACUCUCGGGGAGGCUCAAGGAGUGCAUCCCCAAGAGGCUCCGCAAAAUCUGCCAGCCACUCUCCUGCACGGUCUAAAGAUGGCUCUCGGCGCUCCAGGUCCAGAUCUCGCUCUCAGUCCAGAUCAAAAUCUAGGUCAAGGUCCCACCGAAGCUCACGCAGGCGCUACUCCCGCUCUCGUUCCCACUCUCGACGCAGACGUUCACGGAGCCGAUCUCGAAGCUCAGAUUACCGUCGACGUAGGAGCCACAGCCGUUCCCCGAUGUCUAAUCGGCGCAGACACAUUGGCAACAGGGCUAAUCCAGACCCCAGUGCUUGCUUGGGUGUGUUUGGUCUGAGCCUUUACACCACUGAGAGGGACCUGAGGGAAGUUUUUUCUAAAUAUGGCCCCUUGGCCGAUGUCAACAUAGUGUAUGACCAGCAGUCGCGUCGUUCAAGAGGUUUUGCCUUUGUUUAUUUCGAAAACAGUGAGGACUCCAAGGAGGCCAAGGAGCGUGCUAAUGGUAUGGAGCUUGAUGGACGCAGGAUCAGAGUGGAUUUCUCCAUCACCAAAAGAGCUCACACUCCAACUCCUGGAAUCUACAUGGGACGCCCCACAUAUGGUGGUGGUGGUGGUGGUGGAGGCGGCGGCGGUGGAGGAGGCGGCGGUUCAUCACGCCGUUUCUCUAGGGACUACGACAGGGGCUAUGACAGAGGAUAUGAUAGAGGUUAUGAUCGCGACUAUGAUCGCUACGAAGAGCGAGAGUACCGAUCGUACAGUUCUUUUUCCUUUGACAGACGCAGAUCUCCGUCUCCGUACUACAGCAGAGGUUACCGCUCACGAUCUCGAUCCUACUCGCCACGUCACUACUAGGCAGCAAAGAUAGGCAACGACAGUAUUAUGUUCUGGUGUUUUGUUUCAUUUUGUUUUGGGUUUUUUUCAUUAUUAUUAUUAUUAUUUUUGUUUUUGCUUUUUUAAUUUUGACCAGACCGUGUGUGUGUGUGUGUGUGUGUGUGAGAGAGAGAAAGGGACUUUUGCAUGUAUUCAUGUAUCAGAAAGUUUGAUUUUUAUCCCUAAACAUGUCUAGACAGUGCUGAAUUUCCAUGUUACUGAGUUUAGCACAGAUUAUGGAGGUUCAAAAUGUCGGGAAUUGAUGCUUUUUCAUCUUUGCUCGUCACCUAAAUAAAAUUCUGUAUGUUGUCAAAUAAAAAUGCUGAAUGCUUUUUAAAUGUAGAAUUUG